UACUGUACACCUCCCGCACAUCUGCUGCGCGUCUCUGUUCUCCACUGCAGCUUCUGGUCGCAGGGAACCACUUCUUCUCCCCGAUUCUUUUUAUCACUCUUCCUUUGCGCGUCUCUCUCUCUCUCUCUCUCUCUCUCUCUCUCUCUCUUACCGGACGUUUUCUUUUUUUCCUUUUUGGAACAGAAGCGCAAAGAAAAAGUCCCUGAUGAAGUCUCCUGCAGCUGAUAAUGAGUGAAUGGAAACUAAUGCAAACAGCGGCUGAGUUUAUGAGUGAUUUACCUGAAUGCAGCGGACAGAAAGCAGCUGGACUGAACUGCAUUUUGAACUAAAGAAGAGGCGAGUCAGCAGAAGCUAACAGCGGAUCUCCUCGUGCGCAUCAGUCCCUCUUUUCUUUUCCUACCUCCCGAUUUCACUUUUGCUAUUUCUUUUCCAAAAAACUCCUGCGUGCGGAUUCAUUUCCCCUCACAAAGGUAGGCUUUUUACAGCCUCGCGCCCUUCCUUUCCUUCCGUUUCUCCGUCCGGCAGCAGUGCGUAACAGCCAAACCGAACCCUUCCCUUUUCAUCUCCAAAACUGAUAGCUCUCCAACCCUGGGAAACUGGGACCACCGGGCACAAACACUACUUUCUCUCUCCUGUAUGACUGUCUCUAAAGCGAGCAGCAGCCAAGCAUCAUGGAUGUGGUUAAGAGCCGUUUUUUGGGGAUCGCCGUGGCCGUUGCGCACGGCUUUUUCUCCGGAUCCCUGAACAUUUUGCUCAAGUUUCUCAUCAGUAAUUAUAACUUCAACUUCCUGACGCUCAUCCAGCUGCUUACCAGCAGUAUGGCGGCGUUCACCCUGGAGGUGCUGAGGCGGCUGGGGGUGGUCAAAGUCCCGCCGUUCAGCGUGCAGCUAUCCAAGGAGUUCGGCCCGGUGUGUAUCCUCUCCACGCUGCAGUCCACUCUCACUCUGUGGUCUCUGCGCGGCCUCAGCCUGCCCAUGUACGUCGUGUUUAAACGCUGCCUGCCGCUCUUCACGCUCAGCAUUGGCAUGUGCGUGCUGAGGAACGGCGUGCCGUCCCCCGGCGUAGUGACCGCUGUCGCCAUCACCACCGGUGGAGCUGCACUGGCCGGUGCUGGUGAUCUGACCGGCGAUCCCUUCGGUUACGUCACCGGCGUGUUGGCGGUCAUCAUCCACGCAUCCUACCUGGUCGUGAUCCAGAAAACCAGUCACGACAGCGAAUACGGGGCGCUCACGGCGCAGUACGCCAUCGCCGUCAUGGCCACGCCGGUGCUCCUGGUGUGCUCCGUCAUCUCCCUGGACGCCGUCAACAUGUGGUCGUACGAGGGCUGGCAGAACCCGUACAUCACAGUCGUCUUCACCAUCUGUGUCUUCAUCGGCUGCGCCAUGAACUUCACCACGCUGCACUGCACCUACAUCAACUCGGCCGUCACCACCAGCUUCGUCGGCGUUGUCAAGAGCAUCGCCACCAUCACCGUCGGCAUGCUGGCGUUCAGCGACGUCGCGCCCACGCAUCUCUUCAUCGGCGGCGUCGUGGUCAACACCGUCGGCUCCAUCACCUACUGCGUGGUCAAAUAUUUCGAGACAAAGAAGAAAAGCCUGUAUGAGGACUUGGAGGAGGCCGCCAAGGACGGAACGCUGCCUGGCGAACCGCACACAGAGAAACCGCCUCUGGACGGCGACGGGCCAGCUGCGGGGAUCGGAUCCGACCACGAACGUGCGGAGAUAGAGGGAGUGUUGAUCAGUGACAAGAAGGAGGAUGUUGCUAACGGAGAACUGCGGACAGGAGACGUUGCACAAGGAGACGGAGAGGCAGGCAUAAAUUCCCGCAUCAUGACGGAAGAUGAGGUGCUGGAGAUGCAGAGGGAGCAUCUCAACAAGGAGAACGCCGCCAACGCUAAGUCGGUUAGCGACAGCUACGUCGGGGUGUGGCGGUCCAUCAGACAUCUGCAGUUUAUGAAGAAAGACCCGUUGAUUGAGAACAUGGAGCAGCAGAGUCCGUAACGACAAUGCAGAGACCUGGACAGACUCGAGAGAAAAGAAAAUUUGGAAUGAAUUAGACGAUGAAAAAAGUCUUGAGGAAGAAAAUAAAUACAACAUGAGUAUACAGAAACCAGA